AUCAUUUCCAGUGUUCCCAUUCAUCAAUCAUCAUAACCCAUUCAUAAUCCCUCAAAAAGCUUCAAUCUUGAUUCAACUUCUUUGGGUUUCUGCUUUCGAAUUACCUUCUUCUUCUCAAUUUCUUGAAUUCCCAGACAUUGUUUGUUCUUAGCAGGAGCCAGAAGAGGAUGCCUCCAUGCGCUGGAUCUACGCUUCUCUCAAGUGGGUAUCAGCAGAAUUUACAGGAUUCAACAGUUUCUAACAUGGUCACCAUUGAUGUGGGUGGGCAGCUUUUCCAGACAACCAAACAGACCCUUAGCCAGGCAGGUUCUAAAUCCCUAUUCUCAAAAUUGGUGAAUUCCUAUGGCUCAAUCCCUUUUGUUGAUAGAGACCCAGAGCUUUUUUCCAUUCUGCUUUCCCUCCUUAGAACUGGGAAUCUCCCUUCAAGAGCCAAGGCUUUUGAUAUCCAAGAUCUUAUUUUUGAGUCCCAGUUCUAUGGUGUAGAGCAACUCCUCAUUAAUUCCCAAUCAAACCCAUCCCAGUUUGACCCUUUCAACCUUGAGAAAUCAAUGGUUUUGCCUUUGAAUGGUAGGGAUUCACCUGCCUCAAUCUCCACAACCCAAUUUGGGUCAGUUCAUGUUGCCCAUGGUAGCAAAGUCAGCUCCUUUGAUUGGGCUUUGCAGAGGAAAUCCACCAUUUUGACCCAAUUUUCUGCCAUUGAUUCCCUGCUGGCUUUGUCCUCAAACAUUGUGGCUGCUGGUGCCACAGAUUUCUCAGGCCUGCAGAUUCUUGAUGUUGACAAGGGUUUUGUUACACAAACUCUGAACUGGGAAAAUGUGACUAGGUCUGGCUCAACUGUUCAGGCAAUUGGGUCAUCAGAUGAGUAUCUAUUCACCAGUUUCGAGUCUGGGAGGCGAAAUUCCAAUUGUAUUAUGGUGUAUGAUCUUAGAGAUGAUUUUAGGCCUGUCACUGAGAUUGGCCAUUAUGAAAUCUUUGGUGCUGAGCUUGAUUCUGCCAUUCCUGCCACAAAGCUGAGAUGGAUUCCUGGCCAUAAUCUCCUUAUGUCUGCUGGCUCUCACAGUGGGCCUUCUGGUGUUUCAGGCACCAUUAAGUUUUGGGACUUGAGGUCUGGCAAUGCAGUUUGGGAAGUCAAGGAAAAAGUGGAUUGCUUCUCAGAUGUUACCAUUUCAGACAGCAUGUCUGCAAUGUUUAAAGUCGGUGUGCAUUCCGGGGAGGUGUUCUAUGCUGACUUCAGAAAUAUUGAUGCAGAAAACCCUUGGGUUUGUCUCGGGGACGAGAGGAAGUCUUUGAACAAAAAGAAGGAAGGCGUCGGAUGCAAGAUUGAAAGCCAUGGAAACCAAGUGUUCUGCAGUAAAGGAAGCAGCAUUGAGCUGUGGUCAGAGGUUUUGAUUGGUUCUGCCAAGGAAGGCGAAGACAGGAUCUUCAGGAAGAACUCGAUGGGGAGGGCUAACGAUACCUCUGCCAACAAGAUCACACAUAUGAGCUUCGGGGGAAACAAAAUGUUCGUUACUAGGAAGGAUCAGCAAUUCGUCGAGGUUUGGCAGAACUCGGUUACCAGAUUUUGAUCUCACAGUGUGCAUACAUGGUUGCCAGAAGUUGAAACCAUGUUACUUGCUUGCAAUUGUGUACAUAAAUUUAUAGUUUGUGAAUCUUUCAACACAUUCAAAUGUUUAUUCAUGUAUCUAAUGUUGGUGGAAUAUAUUUGAUUCAUUUUUUUCCAAUUUCAUGUUUUUCUUUGUA